AUGUCCAUGACAGAAACCUGGGCCGGCAGUGACAAAUUGAAAUGCCGUUCACAGCGUUAUCGUCACUUCGUAUGUGUUUUUGGCGUAGAGGAUUUCGUCUGGCUCGCUAAGCAUCCGAAGUUAAUGGCUAACAAAAUGAUGCCUUCGAUCGACUUUGGCGUUGUGGAUUGUAUGCAUGAGCUCAUAUUCAAUCGUACCCAUCUUGGACAAAUCAAUCACAUAUGGGAUUUGAAGGAGUACGAAAAGCAACCAUAUGUGAGACCUUUUUUCAAU